AUGGGCUUCACGACCCCCCCGCUGCCGUCGUCCAAGCUCCCCGGGAUCCCGCGCAACGCGUUCACGGACGGCCUCGUUGAGCAGUACAGAGCGAGCGAGGACGUGCUCGAGUACCUCGGCGAGGUCAUCGUCGGCGAGCUCAAGGGCGCGGCGUACGACGCGGAGCGAGAGCGCGUGCGCGCGCUCAGGGAGAGGCGCGAGGCGGACGCGAUCGCGAACGCCGCCGCGAGCGCCUCCUUCGACGCGAAGCUGCCCGAGGACGCGGAGCACGAUCUCGAGGAGCUCGCGAACGCCGCGAUCCCCGGGUUCUGGACGACCCCGGAGACGAAGGGCGUCGUGGAGGAGCGGCAGCGGAGCCCGAGCCCGGAGCGCCGACGGAAUCGAUCGCCGUCGAGGUCGCCGUCGAGAAGCCCGAGGGGGGGAUCCCCGAAUCGCUCUCUCUCCUCCCCGAGUCGCCGCGAUCGCGACGCGAACGGACUGGGCGACCUCGUGUCGCGCGUCCGCGGGCUCAUGUCGCGCGGGCCCGCGUACGACGAAGAGGACGAGAGCGCCGUCCGCACGCGCGCGGCCGCGGAUCAAGAAGCGCGCGACCUCGCGACGCGGCGAUGGCGUGCGAAGCGAGACGAGAAAGAUCGCGCGCGCGCGGUGAAAAAGCGAGCGGAAGCGGAGAAGCUCGCGAUCGAGCGCGCGGCGUUCAAGAGGGCGCAAGAUCGCAGGUUCGAGGAGGUGAAGCGCGCGAAGGCGGAGCGCGAGCGCGUCGAGGCGACGCGCGCGGAGGAGGCGCGAAAGGCGCUCGCGGCGACCGCUGCGGAGGCGGAGCGCGCGAGGGCGGCGAGGGCGGAGGCGGAGCGAGAGAAGCGACGCGCCGCGCGGCUUGUCGAAGAGGCGGAGAGGAAGAUCGAGGAGAAGAAGCGCAUCGACCUCGCGCUCGCGCUCGCGGAGCGGGCGAGGAAGGAGGCGGAGGAGAUCAAGAGGCGCGCGCGGGAGGAGGAGCGGAUCAGGAUGCGGGAGGCGGCGGCGGCGGAGAAGAAAGCCGCGGCGAAGAAAGCCGCGGACGCCAAGGCGAAAGCGGCCGCGGAGAAGAAAGCCGCGGAGGAGAAGAAGGCUGCGGAGAAGAAAGCCGCGGAGGAGAAGAAGGCUGCGGAGAAGAAGGCUGCGGAGGAGAAGCUCGCGCGAGAGAAGGCUGCCGCGAAAGCGAAGGCUGACGCGGAGACGGAGCGAAAAAAGAAGGAAGCCGCCGCGAAAGAACGAGCCGAGCGCGAAGCCAAAGAGCGCGCCGCCGCGGAGAAGAGGCGCGCGGAGGAGCGGAAGAAGAAGGAAGAGGACGCCGCGAAAGCGAAAGCCGCCGCGGAGAAGGAGAAGGAGCGCGUCGCAAAGGAGAAGGCUAAGGCGGCGGAAGCGAAGGCAAAGGAAGCCGCGGCCAAGGCGAAGCAAAAAGCCGCGGACGAGAAGAAAGCCGCCGACGACAAGAAAGCCGCGGACGAGAAGAAAGCCGCGGACGAGAAGAAAGCCGCGGACGAGAAGGCCAAGGCGGACGAAGCCGCGAAGAAGGCGAAGGCGAAAGAAGACGCCGCGAAGAAGAAGGCCGCGUCCAAGGCGAAGGACGACGCCGCGAAGCCGAAGCCAAAGCCGAAGCCGAAGGAGGACGCGCGCGCGGGGCGAAAGAAAGAAACCGCGAACGCGAUGCAAAAGAAGGAGACGAACGCUCUGAAGCGCGCCAUCGAAGACCGUUUACGAGGCUCCCCGCGGUCUCCCGACAACGCGACGGCGACGACGACGACGACGACGUCUCCGAACGCCGGGCUCCUUCUCACCGCGGGCGCGGUCGUCGCCGCGGGGGCGUACCGCUACGCGAGGCACCGCCGGAAUCAAAACGGCGACGGCGACGGCGACGGCGACUCCCCAAAGUCGUCGCGCUCGCUCGACGACGUCGAUCUCGCGUCGCCGCCGAACACCGCGCGCACGCCGGAGCGCGUCUCCCCGGUCCCUUCCCUGGGGCUCUCGCGGCUGUUCUCGUCCUCGAAGAAGAAGAAGGAGGAACGACGCGAGCGCGAGGCGUCGGAGGCGCAGAAGACGCCGCCGCCCAAACGCCGCGGAAGCGACAGCACGCUCGGAUCGCCGACGAAAUUUCAGUCGUCGCCGUUCCGAGACCCGGCGUUACAGCGCGAGCUCGAGGAGACGCAGCGGCAGCUCGAGUCCGCGCGGCGGUGGCGCGGCGAGCUCGAGGCGACGCUGAUCGCGAAGGAGAAGGCGCACAAGAAGGAGCUCGAAGCCGCGGCGGCGGAGAGCGCCGCGGUCGCCGCGGAUCUCGCCGCCGCCAAAGCCGCGCGCGUAGAGGAGCUCCUCAAGGCGUUGUCCACGUCGGACGCCGCCGCCGCCGUGGAGGAGGCGGAGACGAACGUCUCGCGGCUCGACAGCGAGCUCUCGAGCGAGGAGACGAAAGAGAGCGAACUGCGCGCGAAGCUUCUGUCGAUGACGAGCGGCGGCGACGCCUCGUUCGCCACCGCCGUCGGAGACCACUCCUUCGCGCUGGACCGCAGCGCGGAUGGCGGCGCCAUCCUGCGCGGCAUCACCGGCGUCGGCGGCGGCGACGCGAACGCCGCGGCGACGAGCGACGGCAGCGACGACGGGAUGGUCACCCCGCGCGGCGGCGACGCGUCGACCAUCUCCGACGUCGGCACGCCGUUGUCCCCCGCGGACGCCAGAGCCGCGGAGCGGCUCCUCGCGGAGCUCGACGCGCAGGUGGAGCGCGUGCGCGACGUCAAGGCGAAGAAGGACGCCGCGGCGAAGGCGGCGGCGCAGGCGAAGGCCGCGGCCGCGACCGCGGAGGACGCGGCGAGCGCGGCGCGAGCGGAGAGGGAGAACACCGCGCUCGCGCUCCGCGAGUCGUCGCGCGUCGCCGUCGCCGCGGGCGCGGACGCGGGUGACAUCGCGGACGCGUUGCUGUCGCACGGCAUCGAGCCGGACGCGUCGAUCCUCCUCGCGGGGGGGACCCCCGGGGCCCGCCGCGCGAAAGAGAUGGACGACGACGCGGGGAUCGAGAGCGGGGAGAUUCAGGCUUCUAUCGCGGACGCGGCGGCCCAGGCGGCGAACGCGCCGAAGACGCCGGAGAUGGCGGCGGCGGCGACGGAGGCGCCGAAGGAGGAGCCGAAGGGCGGGAAGAAGGGGAAGAAGGGGAGGAAAUGA